AUGAACUUUGCGCCCUACCAGGACGAGUCCCCCGAGGUGGAACGCGCCUUUUCGCCGUCGCUGGCCGACGCGAAUCGCAUCAAGUCCCCCAAUCUUCGAUCGCCUCGCGGAUCUCCUCCCGUCCCCGGACUCGCUUCACCGGGGCUCCCCUCCCCCAGUCAGUUCGCCGGUGCGGGUCAUAUAAACACCAGUGGACAUGGAAACACGGGAUUUGGAAAUGAUGUUGAGAGCGGUCGUUGGAAUCUCGGGGCUUUCGACACCAGUCUCCCCAUCCGCAUGGAUGUUGAAGCUAUGCUGGCAUAUCUGCUUCUGCCUCCUGCCGGUGGUGUCUUCCUCCUGUUGGUAGAACACAAGAGCGACUAUGUUCGCUUCCACGCCUGGCAAUCGAGCAUGCUUUUCACCGUCAUGUUUAUACUCCACCUAAUAUUCUCCUGGUCAAGCUUCUUCUCAUGGCUCUUGUUUAUUUGUGAUAUUGCAAUGAUCGGGUUUCUCAGCAUGCGGGCUUAUCGAGAUGUUGACACACUCGAACAUUUCGAAGUCCCAAUCUUUGGCCGACUGGCCAACUCCUUUGUUGACGAUGAAUGA